GAACGAACCUUGGCGUUCCAUCCGACGAACUCGCAUAAUAAUCUUAAUGUCUUCUUCAUCGUCGCUGUCGUCCUCCACGCCUACCCUUACUAGUUCAUUUAUUCAGCCAUCGACGAGUCAAAGUUCCACCGCGGGAGACACUGACCAACCGCCAUCUGAUACAUCAACCACGCUAUAUCUCUUCACGUUCCUCGCUACCCUUUUCGUCCUCCUUCUCAUAUCUGCCUCUAUCAUAUUUCGGUCCUUCCUCAUACGCCGUCGCUUUCGUCGGCGUGUUGAAGACGCUUUGGCACAAGGUGUCUAUAUUGACCUACAACCCUCAGUGCUCGGUCUCACUUCACGGUAUAUUGGAGAGAAACCCAGCGUGCAUGAAGCCUGGGUUAAACAGGAUGCCCUACAGGAAAAAUCCCAGUGGCAGGCUAUCAUGCCUGUGACUGCUCUUUUAACACACAGGGUCGAACCUACUGCGGAUUCCCGAUUACCUCACGAAUGUUCACAACAACAGCGACCCUCAUUCCUCGCGCGCUUUAAGCGACAUACCACAUCUCCUGACUCACAUCCAGCCACAAUUCUUCAGCAUUCUCCCUCCUCAGACGACUCCGUCUCCGUCUGUGUCCUAAUCACCAUGCCUGAUCCUUUAUGCCCAAUCCAUUUAAAGGAUCCACCGGAAGAUUCGACCAAGUCGCAACUAAUAGAUCCGAACCUGGGCGUAACCACAGGGAGGGCCAGCGAUGAGGAAGGUGUCCCAAAUGUUGUUUUUGGCAUUGCCGAACUUCCUGUGCUUGGCGGCUGGACAGAAGCAACCAUGGCGUAACGUUUUCAUUUUCAGUUAUACACUUCCCUGGUAUGACAAACACGAAUUGUGUGGUAAUAUGAUAUAUUGAUUGGUGUAGACCUGUUGACGCUUAACUAAUCUUGGCUCUCAUCAUGUACUGUAUUCUUGUUUUGUAACACUUACUACCACUUACUCACACCGUGAUACUCACCAUCCUAGUAUGCAUGUUAGCAGGAACAACACAAUACAGAAAUGUCCCUACCAUCCU